AUGGGUAACAAAUCUUUAAAAUCUAAUAUCAGUUUAGUUGCGACAGCUUUUGCAAAAUUGAACUUGGCUUUACGGCAAUAAUAGAUCAAAACAAUCAAUAAAUAUUUUAGAAAUAAUGCAAAUUAAGGGAAGGUGAUUGUUUGGACUCAAAUAUAAUUGACGAUGAUGGUUGCGAUGAAUAAUGCAAAAUCAGGCCUGGUUUUACUUGCCAAACAAUGUAUGGGUCAGCCUCCAAAUGCUUUUAAAAUUGUGCACUAUUUGGGUUUGAAUGUCUUGAUAAGAACAAAUAAAAUAAUGAUGGGUAAACCUUUUUUAUAAUUGUAUAUUCCUUUAGAUGUGACUCAUUUUGCAGAGUAGAAGAUGAUUACAGUUGCGAAUUCAUAAUGA